UCACUCUCGUCACUGGCACAACAAAUUUGACUUUGGUCUGCUGAAUUUGUCAUCUUUACGUACAUGCCGCAAAAUUUUGAUUUCUGACAUAUUUUGCUCUUUUUUCUUGAGUCGGACCGGCCCGAUAAGCAGAAGGCUUGUCGUCAAAUUGUCCAUGAUGUCGCAGAAACGAGAUGGUGCUGUGUCGGCCAUAUCUCAUGAUGUGGCCUCCGUAUCUUCAUCACCAGAACCAUUCAUAUUUCGUCAAUUUACAGUUCGUGAGAUUGUUAGUCCUAAGCGAGGGAACGUUUCAAUGAAAGAGCUGUCAGUUAGCACGUACAGCAAUGACAAAGGGACAUCGAUAUCUUCUUACCACCGCAAGGGCUUCUCAUUUUCACUAAACACAUUGCUUCAGAGUGGACAAGAAAAAAAAAUGCUAUUGGCUCCUGAGGAGAUUUCCUGCCAGUCACCUACAACUACACAAUCAAACAGAGAUGAUUUGACAAACAAAAUGUCAAGUUGCUUGCGAUCUCGGUCAAAGAAUUUCCCACCAACUAAACGGGUAAAAGUAGAUUCAAUUGUUGACCAGAAAGUUCCGAUAGAAGAAAGGCAUGUGGGGAAGAGAACUCAAAAUAAACAGAACGUACAGAAACUUCAUUGGAAAUACAUUUGCAUUAUAUCUUUGAUCCCUGUGAUAAUACUCCUAGGUAUUAGUUUUCAUAUUUUUAGAGAAGGAAGUUCAAAAGUCACCUGGAAUGCAAAUGAUUUACAAAAAGUUUUGAAUACAAAAGUAUUUGGUCAACAUGAGGCUAUUUCAUCUCUUCUCAACAUUUUGGAAAACACCAUCAAUAAGGACUUUGAGAAGAAUAAAGAAAUGCCUGUCAUCCUGAUAACAGGUCCAAGUGGUGUUGGGAAAUCACUCACAUCAUCAAUGAUAGCAAGUAAUUUUCCUUCUCCAGGAGUAUCAGAACUAGUACUCCCCCCUUUACCACCACAAAAACAUAUCAUUCAGAAGUGUAGUGGAAGUGGAUAUAACUUUAUUGUUCUUGAUAGCCUAAGUCCUAAUUCUAUUAAUGAUUCCGUAAACUGGGUUAAAAAGUUUUUAAAUGAGGCUCUCUGGCACAAGAAACCUGUAAUAGUAGUGCUGAUCUUCAAUAUCCAGGUAUGGAAGGAUGACGUUGCUCUGGGUGCUGAUGACCCGACUCCAGAAACUUUGAAAGCUAAAGGAAGUGCUGUCUACUCAGAGUUCAAAAAUCAUGGUUUAAAAUCGCUUCAUAUUUAUUUCAAGUCACUCACUGAAGAGGAUUUGAAAAAUUGCAUUAGAGCAGCACUGCAAAUGAAAGGUUUGCAAGAGGAUCAUAAAACAGAAAAAUAUGUAAAUGUUAUCUCAGGCGGUAUUGACUUUAGACGUGAAGGCUGCAAGCGUGUCUGGAGUAGAGCUGCUUCAGCUGUCUCUAAUUGACCUUUGUCUACCUCUUGUGGAAUCUUACUGUUUUAAAGUUAGAGGAGAAAAAGUUUUAUGCAUUGUAGUUAUAAAGAUUGGGCAUCAGUUUUUUUGUAAUUCUGUAAUUUAAUGGGGUUUUUGGAAUUUGCUUUCCAUGAACUCAAACUUCUGUGUGUACUGUGCCUGGUCUCAUCUUGUUAUUUUAAUACUAUUUUCACCAGUUUUGUAUUAAAUCCUCAAUUUUA